AUUGCACGAAAAAGGUCCCCUGGUACAAAAAAUAAAAACCUAAAGCAAAGCACUCCCAUAAACAUUUCAUUUUUAUCCCUAAAUUGCCCCCCACACACUACACACACUGAUUACUCUGUGUCACACCUUUUCUCCUUUUCCUCCUCAUCUACUCUCCCAUGGAGAACCAGAAGCACAGCGAACGCUCGUCGAGCUCUGGUAGAAGGAGCUUGAAGAGAAAGCUACACGAAGGUCUCGAAGAAGAUCAAACGGUUUCAUCUUCUUUAUCUUCGGAAGAAGCUCAUCAAGAUCUGGCGCGUGAAGUCCGUACACAGGUUGAGGUUAUAGAAUCUUCCUUUUCUUCAUCCGAGUCAGAUCGAGCCUCCGCAAAACGCGGUAUACACGUUCUCUCUGAACUAGCCAAAAACGAGGAAAUUGUGAACGUAAUUGUGGAUUGUGGUGCUGUUCCGGUUUUGGUGCAGCAUCUAGAGGCGCCGCCGCAUGUGAGUGAAGGUGAAGGUAGUCACAUGCCAUACGAACAUGAGGUUGAGAAAGGAAGUGCUUUUACGCUUGGGCUUCUUGCUAUAAAACCAGAGCACCAACAACUCAUUGUUGAUGCUGGAGCUUUGCCUCAUCUUGUUAAUCUGCUGAAGAGGCACAGAGAUGCUCAGAACUCUCGAGCAGUCAAUGGUGUUAUCCGUCGGGCAGCUGAUGCAGUCACGAAUCUUGCUCAUGAAAACAGCAGCAUCAAAACUCGUGUUAGGAUUGAAGGUGGCAUCCCUCCACUUGUUGAAUUGCUUGAGUUUGUUGAUUCAAAGGUGCAGAGAGCAGCUGCAGGAGCCUUACGAACUUUGGCAUUUAAGAAUGAUGAGAACAAAAAUCAGAUUGUGGAAUGCAAUGCACUCCCUACUCUUAUACUAAUGCUUCGGUCUGAAGAUACUGCUAUACACUAUGAAGCGGUUGGAGUCAUCGGAAAUCUGGUGCACUCAUCACCAAAUAUCAAGAAAGAAGUUCUUCUUGCAGGAGCUUUACAACCUGUAAUUGGGCUACUUAGUUCCUCCUGUUCAGAGAGCCAAAGGGAAGCUGCUUUACUGCUAGGACAAUUUGCAGCAACUGAUACAGACUGUAAGAUUCAUAUUGUGCAAAGAGGAGCAGUUCCACCACUAAUUGAGAUGUUGCAAUCUCCAGAUGCUCAACUUAGGGAAAUGUCAGCCUUUGCUCUAGGGAGGUUGGCACAGGACACACACAAUCAGGCUGGUAUUGCUCACUGUGGUGGAAUUAUCCCAUUGUUGAAGCUCCUUGACUCAAAAAAUGGAUCAUUGCAACACAAUGCUGCAUUCGCUCUAUAUGGGCUUGCUGAUAAUGAGGAUAAUGUUGCUGAUCUUAUAAAGGUUGGAGGUGUUCAAAAGCUUCAGGAUGGAGAAUUUAUUGUCCAACCGACUAGAGAUUGUGUAGCAAAGACAUUGAAGAGAUUAGAAGAGAAGAUCCACGGACGAAUAUUGGGCCAUCUGAUAUAUUUGAUGCGCAUUGGGGAGAAGGUUAUUCAGAGACGAGUUGCUUUGGCCCUGGCCCAUCUUUGUUCACCAGAUGACCAAAAAACAAUUUUCAUUAAUAACGAUGGAUUAGAGUUGCUUUUGGAGCUCCUUGAAUCAACAAACUUGAAGCACCAAAAAGAUGGCUCUGUAGCUUUGUGCAAAUUGGCUAACAAAGCUAGCUCACUUUCGCAAGUCGAUGCUGCUCCUCCAUCCCCUAUACCUCAGGUUUAUCUGGGAGAGCAGUAUGUAAAUAAUUCUACGUUGUCUGAUGUGACAUUUUUAGUUGAGGGCAAACGGUUUUAUGCCCAUAGGAUUUGUUUACUAGCUUCUUCUGAUGCAUUUCGAGCUAUGUUUGAUGGUGGCUACCGGGAGAGAGAUGCCAAAGACAUAGAGAUCCCAAAUAUCCGAUGGGAUGUUUUUGAGUUGAUGAUGAGCUUGCAGGUNGUAUUCAUUUUGGAAAAGUUUGACCAAUUAAGUGUCAUGCCAUGGUAUUCACAUUUGAUUCAACGUGUAUUACCCGAGACUCGUAGUUACUUUGUAAGGGCGCUUACCAGGCCAAUUCAAGCUGAUAUGCGGGUGGGUGCUGCACAUUCAGUUUUGUUCUUUUCUUAAUUGUAACCACGGGAGAGUAUGUACAGGAAUGGGUUACUGUUGUAAUAGUGUCUCAAAAUGAGAGCUAAUGUAAAUCCUCAUUGGAUGCACCAAUUCCAAAUCAUUGGAUGGUUAACUAGCUUAUAAAGUUCAGUUUCAAAGCUUGCUAUGUUGUUCCUA